AUGACAGGUAAGCUUUUCAAAUCCUUCCCUCCGAGAAUUAAAAUCUUUCGCUGACAAAUGAUAUAUAUUUGCUUAUAAUUAAAAAAUAUUAAGAUGCUAAUGGGAAAAUAUUAUAUACAGAAUAUAAAUACUUCAGUUAUGAUAGUAUAAAGGACUCAGAUGGAGAAGCCAGACAGGGAGAAGGAGAUGGGAGAUCUCCGAAUAUGGCUCUGAGAGGUCAGAUUUCAACUCCAGAAUUUCUUCAUGAACUUCAGGAGCCUGGAGUACCACCAUAUGAACUUCGGUUGAAGGAGUCAGCAAUUUGUGUGCUAAUACGAAACCUGUCAUUGGAGGAAGGAUUGGUUAAGAAUGCAAGAGUGGUAAUAACUAAGCUUUUGGAAAAUGUUAUUGAGGUAUAG